GGGGUGGGGCGAAGGGAUCCCGGGAGGCCGAUGGGGAAAUCGCUUCCCAGCAGGGGCGGGCAGCAGCGCCGAGCUCGCGUCGGGCAGGGCCGCCAUGGAGCAGCUGCUGAAGCAGGUGCUGGGCCCCCUGGAGAAGAAGGGCGAGCGGGAGCUGCAGCGCUUCAGCAAGAGGGUGGAGAAGUGUCUGCUGAGGGAGGGGGAGAAACUCCUCGCCGCGGACACGCCGGAGGGCGGGGCGGAGCCGGCCGCGGAUCUUAACGGCCGCGGGGACAGCGCCGAGCACUACGGGCUGACACACCCGGACCGCAUCAGAGACCUGGCAGAGGCGCUCGGCACAGACGUGCCCCCUGAGUCUGCAGCCACUGCUGUGCAGAGCAAGCCCCUUCCUGCCGCUGCCACAGCCGGAGCAGCAGAGUCCCUCCCCACAGUGAUUCCUGACUCUGAGCAGCUGGAAAUUCUCCCUUUGGACAAUGCAGAGGGACACACAGUUGUCCUGCGGAGCCCGGAGGUAUCAGAAAUAUUCCAGUCUCAGCCACUGGUGGAGGGCAGCCACGUGGCCUUCAGCUGCUUCGUCGCAGGGUACUUCCCCCAGGAGCUCACUGUGACCUGGCUCAGGAGGGAGAGUGGAGCCAGUGUGGCCACGCCCAUCGAGGACUCUGCUGAUUACGCCAUCAUCCACAAGGAGACCCGCACCAAAGACAAGGAGACCUACCAGCAGAUGGUGACGCUGUCCUUCACCCCGUCGGCACAGAGAGACCACGGGGCAGAGUUCAUCUGCCAGGUGGGACAUGUGGCCCUGCAGACCCCCAUUGAGAGGAGCACCGGGACGCUGGAGGUCAAAGGUGUAGCUACUCCCGACGCCAAGGAAGUUGCCCCCGAUGACAGGGAAGUUACUUCUGUUUCCAAGGAAGUUGCCCCCGACAUGAGGGAAGUUACUCCUGUUUUCAAAGAAGUUGCCCCCAACUCCAGAAAAGUUACUCCUGUUGUCAAAGAAGUUGCCCCCAACUCCAGGGAAGUUACUCCUGUUUUCAAAGAAGUUUCCCGUGACUCCAGGGAAUUUAAACCCAUUUCCAGGGAAGACAGAGGAAGCGGAGCUGGUAGAAAAGAGACACACUUUGUGGACCGGCACCGAGAACAGCUCAUCCAGCGAGUAACUCUGGUCGAGGGUGUCCUGGAUAAGCUGCUGGGUGACGACGUGCUGGACAAUGAGCAAUACGUGACCAUUACAGCCGAGAGAACCAACCCAAUGAAAAUGCGGAAGCUGUACGAGUUCAUGGUGAGCUGGAACAAGUAUUGCAAGGACCAGCUCUACGAGGCGCUGAAGGACAAGUGCAAGUUCCUUGUUGCGGAUCUGGAAGGGGAAUGAAGACAAUGAACACACACCCCCACCACACACACACACACAGCCUUUCCCUUUGCUUCCAGUGUCUGUUCCAGGGAGGAAAACCCAUUUCUGGCUCUUCCCCAUGUUUCCAAAGGUGUCACAACUGGUUAAGACGAGGGCUGCGUGAAAACUUCCCCUUGAAAUUAUUUUCCAAUGGAAAAAUCAGGUUUUUAAGAAGAUAAAAUAUCUACUUUCUGAGAAAAAAAAUUGUUGAAAAACCAAACACCCAAACCAAAAAAUAUUUCAGCCAAAACCUGAACAUAUUUCAAUUUGGAUAUAACUUAUGGUAGUUGUAGUUCACUUGCCUCAUCCCCAUUCUCAUCUAUGGACCAGGGCCCUUAGCUGGACUACAUUUCCCAUGAUACACCAUGGCCAGGGAUUCCCAUGAUGCAACUGCCUCCUCACCAAAAGGAGAGACCCUGGUGCAUACUGGAGGCCAGACUGCAGUGGAGAAUGGGGUCAUGGGGCACCCAGAUUUCAACGCCCACUUGGAACAGUUCCAAAUCAAAAUAUUUUGGUUUUAGUUUAUGUGUUUGGGUUUUUUUGUUUUGUUUUUGCUGAAAAGUUGAACUUUUCAGUGAAAAAUCUGGACAAGAAUGAAAUCUGUUUAUCUGUUUUUGUUUUGUUUUAAAACAUCAGUGGAAAAAUCCUUCGUUUGCCAACAUCUGAGCCCCAAACCAAACUGCAGCUCCCUCUCCUCGCCUGGCUCUUCCAGCCACCUCAGCCCCUGGCUGCUUCAUUCUGUUGGCAACUGAGCGUGAAGGGCUGGAGGCUGAACUGAACAGCUGCUGGGCUGCGCUGGUGAGGACUGCCAAUCUGGGGGGCUCAUCUCCAUCUUAUCCUAGUCUCUGGGAAGAUAAAGGACGUCAGCCCUGAAUCCCCACAGCUACAUUCCAUCCCUUGCAGGGCCAACACUUGGCCACCGCAUCCCUCUCUUUGGAUACAAAAAGUCCAGAGAUGCCAUCCUAGAGUUUAAAGCCAGAAGGGACCAUUAGAUCCUUCAGUCUGACCUUCUGUGUAGCCCAGGCCCUGACAUUUCACCCAGUUAUCCCUGCACUGAGCCCAGUGACCUGCGUUUGACUAAAGACUCUUCCACAAUGGCAGCUGGUCAGGUUUUGAAGACACCAAGAAAUGGAGGAUUCACCACUUCCUUUGGGUGUUUGUUCCACCCUGAGUGAGAAAAAUCGGGGCCUGAUUUCUAAUGUGAACUUGUCUGGCUUCAGCUCUCCAGCCCCGGGUUCUUGUUCUGUUUUUCUCCAGUAUAUUGCAGAGCCUCAGACGCUGCAGUAUGCUGUGCCCUUCCCCCACGCUCUCACUUCCAUUACAGACCCAUUCGUCCUUUGUAUCAGGGCUUCGGGCACGGCGAUUCCACCACUGCCAGGACGAGGCUCUGCUCUGCUUCUCCCUAGACGUUCCCCAAGCCAGAACCGGGCAGCUGCCCUGGGCCGUUGCUGUCCAUCUAAGUCCGCCAGCACCAACCUCUCGGGGCCCUGUCGGGAGAGGGGGCUGCCUGUCACCCAGCCUGCUGAAAGGGGAAAUCACUGUAAUUCUCUCGUUAACUAAUAGGGGCUGGUUCUUGUGAUUAGUUUAACAUAGAGCAACUUUUGUAUCUUUGUAUUUAAAUUAAAAAGCAGGUGGUACCGGG